CGUAUCCCUCCCCUGCGUCGGACCCUUCUUUCCCUCACUCCCUCCUCUCCCUCACCCCUCAACCACUUCUCUCCCUCACCCCCUCCUCCUCCUCCUCAAACCCACGGCGACCAUGGCCACCACGGCGGCGGCGACGACGACGAUGACGACGACGACCCCUUCCUCCCCACCGGCUUCGUCAUCGCCUUCUCCUCCUGGUCCCUCGAGCCCGCCCCCGUCUUUGACCGCUCCGCCCUCUCCUUCUCCGGCCACCUCGCCGAGCUCGAGCACGCCCUCCUCGGCGGCACGGCGGCGUGGCGGCGGUGGAGGAGGAGGAGGAGGAGGAGGCGGUGGCGGCGCUGAUCCCUCGGGGCCGCUCGUCUCCGUCGACAACCUCCGAGCAUACCUGCAAAUCAUCGACGUGGCCUCCAUUCUAGGGCUCGAUCACGACAUCGCCGGUCACGCCUUUGUUCUUUGCGUAUUAAGGCAUUUUGUUGUUUAAUUGCAUAUUAUAAUGUAUAAUUUGAUUAUGCUUUAGAUCUAUUAAUGGUACAUUGUAAUUGCCCAUUUCAUGACUAUUGUUCCAGAUUAAUUACUAAGGUUUAGUUGUUGUUUAAUUGUUGUUUAGUAAGGUUUUGUGUAGACCAGAAUCUUAUAUAUCCUGAGACAUCAGAGGAAAGAGAAAUAUAUUCAUUGUAAUUUAGUCAAACCUCUUGGAUUUUAGAGUCACAAAGCUUUGUAAGUAGCAUCCGGAGAUGCUAGGUACACAUAGCUUGAUUAUGAUGUAAACUGAGUUUAUGCUUAGUUGUGGAAGGUUGUUAGUUGCAUAUCUUUUGAUUUCCGAUAGACGCGUGAAUCCCUAUAUGUAGACAUGAUUACUCCCCAAUUUUGUAUUGUUAUGUUCAAUCUUCCGCUCUUAGAAAUGCAAGAUUCUAUUUUAAGCUUAUUAAUGAUCCUUUCUUAAGUUAAUACACAUCAAACUUGAAAAAGUGGUAAAAUUUGAGUAUGUGUCAAUCUUCUCCACUAAAUAUCUUAUGACAUUAUACACAUGUUAUAGUAUCAUGUUCUGAAGUAUUGUGAGUUUUGUUGUUUAAUUAUUUACAACCAGAAAUAACU